CCCAUCCGCCUGGGAGCGGAGGGAGAGCCGGGGCUGCGGGCAGGGAGCGGUGCGGCGGGAGGAACGGAGCCUCGCGGAGCCGAGGAUCGCGGAGCCGCGGCCGCCCCCGCCGCCCGGGGCAACCGGAAGAAAAUGAACCUGAAAUCUGAACGCAGAGGAAUUCACGUGGAUCAGUCAGAGCUACUGUGCAAGAAGGGAUGUGGUUACUAUGGCAAUCCUGCUUGGCAGGGAUUUUGUUCCAAGUGCUGGAGAGAGGAAUACCAUAAGGCCAGGCAGAAACAGAUUCAAGAGGAUUGGGAGCUGGCAGAGCGAUUGGACAGGGAGGAAGAACGCGUUUUGCCAGCAGGUCAGAGUACCCAAGGGGCCCAGUUCACUCCUUUUUCAAAAUUUGAAGAAAAGAAAAGCAAUGCCAGAAAACACGAUAAGGUCACUACUUUGAAGAAUCUUCACUGGCUUCUUCCAGAACUGGACACUAAGAAGGUGGCUCAAGAAAAAAUCCUUAAGCAAGGACAGCUUGGGAGGGAGCGAAAUGCUGAUAACAUUCUCAGGGAUUUGAAGGAGAUUUUUACUCCCUCCUGGGAACUGGCUUCCCCCUCUGAAGAGGUCCAAGAAGCCAAGGCACCCAGCCCUUCCAUAAACAGGCAGGCCAGCAUUGAGACAGAUCGAGUAUCCAAGGAAUUCAUAGAAUUUCUCAAGACCUAUCAAAAACCUGGACAAGAUAUCUAUAAGCAAUGUAAACUAUUUUUGGACACAAUGAAUCAUAAAAGGAACUUAAGUAUUGAGGAGCAAUCUGAGUGUGCCCAGGACUUCUAUCAAAGUGUAGCAGAGAAGUUACAGACACGUUGGAAAGUGCCCCCUGAAAAAGUUGAGAAAGCAAUGGAUCAGAUUGAAAAAUACAUUAUGACUCGUCAGUAUAAAUAUGUCUUUUGCCCUGAAACAACUGAUGAUGAGAAGAAAGAUCUUGCUGUCCAGAAGAGAAUUAGGGCUUUGCACUGGGUAACCCCACAAAUGCUGUGUGUUCCUGUCAAUGAAGAAAUUCCAGAAGUCUCUGAUAUGGUUGUAAAAGCAAUUACAGAUAUUAUUGAAAUGGAUUCAAAGCGUGUUCCUCGUGACAAAUUAGCAUGCAUCACCAAAUGCAGCAAGCACAUAUUUAAUGCUAUUAAAGUCACAAAAAAUGAACCAGCUUCUGCUGAUGACUUUCUUCCAACACUUAUAUACAUCGUUUUGAAGGGAAACCCACCCCGCCUGCAGUCCAACAUCCAGUACAUAACACGCUUCUGUAAUCCAAGCAGGUUAAUGACAGGAGAAGAUGGCUACUAUUUUACCAAUCUGUGCUGUGCUGUGGCCUUCAUUGAAAAACUGGAUGCUCAGUCUUUAAACCUAAGCCAAGAAGAUUUUGAUCGUUUUAUGACUGGUCAGACAUCCCCCAAGAAGCAAGAAUCUGACAGUUUUUCACCUGAUGUUUGCUUGGGUGUGAAGCAGAUGUAUAAAAACUUAGACCUCCUAUCUCAGUUGAAUGAGAGACAGGAAAGAAUUGUCAAUGAAGCCAAGAAGCUUGAGAAAGACCUAAUAGAUUGGACUGAUGGAAUUACAAAGGAAGUCCAAGAUAUUGUUGAGAAAUACCCAUUAGAAAUAAAACCAAAAAGUCAAGCCUUAGCAGCCAUUGACUCUGAAAAUGUGGAGAAUGACAAGCUGCCCCCACCACUGCAGCCUCAGGUGUAUGCAGGAUAAGUAUCAGUGUUAACUCUGAAAAGCACCAUUAUCCUCACCUAGUACUAUCUGCUUCUUGGGAAGGGAAGUAAAUUUAAGGCUAAAAUAAAAAUCAGAUGAGCUUAAAUCAGUACAUUUUUAAAGGUACUUUUUUUUUUUGUUAAGUGUAAUGAAUUGUAUUUAUUUUAGUUAAGUAGAUUUCUAUUUGGCUUUUGUGGGUUUUUGAACUGAAUUUAACUUUUUCUACACAAACUGGUGUAAUUUUUAAGCAACACUAGUCCAUUGGCAUCUUUCCAAAAAGCUUCCUUUCUAGGCAUGCACUUACUUGUUUUUAAUUAGUUUAACUUAAAGAAUUCGAGCUCCAGCAGACAUUUGAAAGCUACCAGUGCUAGUCUGAAUUUAUUCAGUAGCUGUAAAGAGUAAAUAUAUAUUGUAAAAUAUGUAAAAUUGUAAAUAGAUUUAAAAUCUAAUGUCUCAACUCUGCAUGACCUCUCGUGUAUGAGUGAAAAUGAUAGAGAAGUGUUCAUUUUAGCACCUUUUGGUUAAAUCACAUUGUAGUAUAAAGGCAAGCACACUAUUAAAGUUUUGGUAAGCUUGAUGGUGUACCUGAUGAACAGAGAGGAUAUUGGUGUGAGGAUUUGAGAACUUGACACUCAUCUCGAUCUGCUCUGUAAAACAACAACAACAACAACAAAGUGCUGUGUAAAAUAUGACUUUUCUUCAUGUAAAUGUUCUCUCUGCUUUCUCAGUACUCCUGACAGCCUCCAGUGGUGCACGAAGUGCUGACAUUACUACUUCUGGAGAGAAUGUGGAGCCAAGCUUCAGAAAGGAAGGAAAUAUUUUAUUGAAAAUUGCAUAGUGUGGAACAUAAAGGGGGUGGGGAAGAGAUAGUGGAAGAGUUGCAUCAAAACUUGCUUUUUUUUUUUUUUUUUUUUUUUUUCUGGAAUUGCCUACUAUCUUCAUCAGUGGCUUAGGUCUUGAAUCCUUUUCUUUACAGUCCUGGUGGAUAAGUUCAUAUAAUUCGAGUGUGCUUUUUAGAAGAAGCAUGAGCCAUUGCUCUGAGCAGAAAAGUGCACUUUAUUUUCCUGAAGUGUCAGUCUUCUCAUCUCUAGGAACCCCCUUUAGGAACAAGAGUUACCUUGCUGAAGUAGUGAACAUCAAGGUGAAUAUGGUUUUAUGUCACUAAAAAUGUAUUUGGUGUAUUUCAAGUUAAGAAUAAUAAUAGCUCAUUCCACGAAAAUAAUCUCUUGCAAUGUAACUUUUAUUAUGUCAGUGAAACAUUUUAUAAGUCAUAUAAAAUACCUUCCAGUUAAUCCAGUCUGUCACGACUGGUUUGUGUACCUGAGAUAUCUAACCUAAAGCUGCUUAGCUUGAACUACUCCUAAGCAAUUUUGAAUUCUCACCAUCAAGGAGGAAAGUACCUACCUCUUUAUUAUGUUCCACUGCUUUAAAACCACUGCUGUUUUAAAUUUGCACUGCAAUAAUUUCAGACCACAACUGUGAUUUGCCCCUUUGUCAGAUGUAUUCAGCCUUAUGAACUAUGCAUUCCUAGUGUUUGAGAUAAGCAGUUACCCCAAACUGCACUACUGGGGUGAAGGAAGGAGCUAAUCAGAUGAUCACAAGAAAUUAGAUAAUUUAACAUAUGCAUGUGUCACUGCACCCAAAUUGCUUAGGAUGUGAUCGGUGCUUAGAGUAACACUGCAGGGUUUUGAUUUUCUUGAGAAAGACUGGGUGCUAAUUCUGAUAUCCAGGUACACAGGCUUUCCUGAGGGGGGUAAUAAAAAAAUAAAUACAAAAACAAAAGCAAACUUCUAGCUAUUGUGUUCAUUGCCAUGUUUAAAUAAAAGUAUGUACAUUAUGCCCUUGUUAA